UACGUGCAACACGAGAGGUUCGUGGUACAAACAGAACAGCUGAAAAAGCUCGGAUGCGCGUGUGUGUGUGUGAGUGACUGAGUGUGUACUGUGUACGUGUGUGGUGUGGUGGCUUUGGCGCUUGCAAAUUCAAUUUCCAUUCGUUGUGCUGACUCGCUGGCUCGCUGGCUGGCUGGCUCGCGUAUUCGAAAAAUAAACGGGGCGAGAGUGAAAAAAAAUUCGAAAAAUAACGCGACAUACUCGCUACGGUGGUUUUUUUUAAAAACACGAUAAUAAUGACGUAAUCGAAGCGGUGUUUAUUAAUUAAUUUUUUUACUCGAAUCUAGAAAAAAAAUAAGGGAAAAAACGCACGCGUAUAUAGUAAUGCGAAAUUUGAAAUUUUACAUAACUCCUUAUAGCGAAUGAUAUGCUGCUGAUGAAUCGGUAUGGUCACUAUGAGCUCAGAUAAACCCGCAUCGCGGAAAUCGGAAGCCCAUCAUCAUGCACUCGGCGCCACCACAUCCGAAUACUCGAGGCAUUUCCUCAUUUACCAAAAGAUGGAGAAAAUCAUGGAAAGGAUGCAAGAUGAAAAAACCGGAGUACCUGUGAAAACGGUGAAAAGUUUUUUGAAUAAAAUUCCAUCCGUGUUCACUGGUUCCGAUCUGAUAGUAUGGAUGAUGAAAAACAUGGAUGUAGACGAUCAGGUUGAAGCCCUCCAUCUAGCUCAACUCUUAGCAUCUCAUGGGUACCUUUUUCCGAUCGAUGAUCACACGUUGACUGUGAAGAAUGAUAACACGUUCUAUAGAUUUCAAACUCCUUAUUUUUGGCCGUCUAAUAAUUCCGAGCCUGAAAACACGGAUUAUGCUGUAUACCUUUGCAAGAGAACGAUGCUUAAUAAAAAUAAAUUGAAUCUGAGCGAUUUCGAGGCAGAAAAUUUCUCACGUUUGCAAAAGAUGUUCACUCGUAAAUGGGAAUUCAUCUACAUGCAAGCCGAAGCUCAAAGUAAAGUUGAUAAGAAAAGAGAAAAAAUGGAGCGAAAGAUACUCGAAAGCCAAGAACGGGCUUUCUGGGACGUGCACAGACCAAUGCCGGGUUGUGUGAAUACGACGGAAAUAGAUAUUCGAAAGGCUCGUGUUAAACAUAAAGUGAAACCUUCGGCUUUACGCUGUCCGGCAUUUUGUUCUCAUGAUUCUUCCAUGCCCAUUAUCAUUAAUACAGAAGUUGCAUCGCAAUCGCAUUUGAAAACCUCGAUGGAAAGUUUAAAAAAAGAAAUAACCGUUUUAAAAGUACGUUUAGAGCGGAGAAAUAUCAAAUUAUCUAAAAUAGCCGAAACGUAUAUUCAAUAUUUCGAACAAUACGUCGAAUACGAUUCUUUUUUCACCUCGCCCGAGUAUCCUAAUCCUUGGUUAACUGAUAAUUCUGAUUUAUGGGAUCAGGAAUCGUCGUCGAAAGAAGCUUCGGUACGUCGUGUGAAAAGAUGGGCUUUCGCUUUACAAGAAGUUUUAGCUGAUCCUCUGGGUAAACAACACUUUAUGAAAUUUCUCGAGAAGGAGUUUAGCAGCGAAAAUUUAAAAUUUUGGGACGCUGUUCAAAAUAUGAAAUCGUUACCAUUAUCGAAAGUGAAAUCGGCUGCUGAUGAAAUCUGGACCGAGUAUUUAUCGUCAGAUGCCAGUUGUCCAAUAAAUGUUGAUUCGCAGUCACACGAAUUGAGUAAAAAGAACAUGGAGAAGCCAGAUAGAUGGACUUUUGAUAUUGCGGCUGCUCACGUGUAUCAUCUAAUGAAAAGUGAUAGUUAUCCUCGUUAUAUCCGAUCCGAAAUGUACAAGGAAUUUCUGAACGGAUCGAAGAAAAAAGCGUCAGUCAAAGGGAUCAGAUCGAUUGUGUCAUUUUCAUCUGUAAAAAAGGAGCCUUCCAUGACAUCAGUAUUGGAAUAAUAAAAACAAAGCAAUCAAACAAACCACAUCGUCUAAAUGAUGAAAAUAUAACGAAGAAAUUUCACAUACAAAAUACAACUAAAACCUCCAAUAACAGUAUCCCUAAACUUAUUCAAUUCGCAACACGAACGAAGGAAGAAAAAAAAUGGAAAUAGGUACUUCAUGAUCCUGGACCUGGAUCGUAAAGUGAUGAAAAUAAACCAAUGUUACCGAUGAGGCAAUUUCGAAUUCGAUACACCAAAUUUACCAUAAUUAUUUUGUGCAUUUACUCGAUUUAAAAAAAAAAAAAAAGAAUUUAAUACGAAUGCUUCAUGAAAAAUAAUGCUGUUUUGAGAUGAAAUUCUUGUCAAUUUUGCGACUGCUCUUCCAAACCACUGUAGUUUUACGAUUAUUGAUCGAUGAUUCGGGUUUCGAAUUCGAUGGACCCCUCCCUCCCCCCGCAAUUAGUUUAUCGUUGUAGUAGUUUUAGCCAACUAAUUAGCAAAUGCGUAGGAAAUGUUGACCUCCUUUUUUUUUGUUUUGUUUCGUUGAAUUUCACGAAAGAAUUUCAUCGUGGUUUUAUUGUUUUUUUCCUCUUUUUUUUGUUAACAAUUUUUUUUUUCAAAAUGCUUUCUAUGUGAAUUUUUUUUUGAAUUUUAAUUAGGGUAAUGAUGAAUAUGCAUUGUUGAAAAAUGUUGUACUUUACUUUGUAUUUUAAAUAAAAAUAAUACAAUUAGA